AUGGCGGACACUGAUGCGGAUGAAGAGUUCCAGUUUCUCCGACUGAAUGUUCAUCCAGACAUGUCCCUGUGUGGCUUUGUGCUGGCUCAGUGUCUCUCGGUCCGGGCUCUACAGGAGAUUCUGUCCCACAAAGAGCAAAUAUCAGAGAACGCCAUCCUACACAGCGAGGGCCACAUGGACGAUGGGUUAACACUGUCCCGAUCUCAGAACGAGGACUCUCACACGGCGAGACUGAUUCGCAGCGCUGCUCUCCUCUUUACCGGCCUCAAUAGUGUUCUGGAUCUAAUUGAGUUUUUUAAGCCGCCGCAUGACAACUUAGACUUUGAAGCUGAACAGAAAUUCUUGGGCGAGUUAAGAAAACGUCAGAAGAUGUUUCAAGAAGAGGGGAUCCUAGACCUUGUGGUUGAAUGUAUCGAUCAGCUGCAUCAGUACAGUGAUGUCUACUGCAAUGCCGAGUCUCUGCAGAGUGAGGGCAUCAAACAGUGGGAGGAAAUCAUUAGUUACUUUUAUAAAAUACUCGGAGCCUUGGAGGUUCUUCACUUCAUUCUUCUUGAAAGCCCUGAAGCUGUCAAUAUGUUCAAGGAGAAACACAUUCAGUCCAUUGUUUGUUUUCUCGACAGACAUGGAUACAACUACAAGGUGUUGGAGGUGCUAUGUUCCCUGUGUGUGUGCCACGGUACAGCUGUGCGCUCCAAUCAGAACCUUAUCGCCGUCAGUGUUCUUCCAUUCAGAGACAUGCUGCUCCAAACCCGCCUUGUUAACCAGGUCAUCAGUAUAAGACCAAACAUCUUCCUCUCAAUGGAAGAGAAUUCUGCCCAGCACCGAAAGUGGUACUACGAGGUCGUGGUUGAUCAGGUGGUGCCCUUCGUCACCCCAGAACCCACCCACCUGCGAGUGGGCUGGGCUUCCACUGGGAGUUACCAGCCCAGGCCUUCAGGAGGGGAUGGCUGGGGGUGCAAUGGGGUUGGAGAUGACCUUACGUCCUUUGGUUUUGAUGGGCUUCACUUAUGGUCAGGUUCAUCUGGGCGCAGGGUAAAGUCCCCGUUUCCCCAUUUGCUCAAAGACAAUGAUGUGGUCAGCUGUUGUCUGGACCUGAGUGCCCCGUGUGUCUCUUUUCGACUCAAUGGGCUGCCUGUCCAGGGGAUGAUGGAGAACUUUCAUUCCGACGGCUUUCUCUUCCCUGUGGUCAGUCUCUCUGCAGGAGUUAGGAUUCGUUUUUUGUUUGGGGGAGCGCAUGGAGAGUUCAGGUUCCUACCUCCUCAAGGGUUUGGAGCGUGUUGUGAAGCUCUCCUUCCAAAAACCAAGCUGAGGAUAGAACCUUGUCACACAUCUAUCUUUGAGCAUGAGGAUGGCAAAGAGCUCAUGGGGCCAGCUGCAUUUUCUAAACCAGUUGUUUUUAUUCCAAAUCCCAUUGACAUCAGUAAGACCGUAUUGCCGCUUCAACUUGAAAACAUCAGACGAAAAAUGGCAGAAAAUGUACAUGAACUUUGGGCCAUGGAUCAAAUUGAACUUGGAUGGACUUUUGGAACUGUAAAAGAUGAAGAGAAAAAGAUAGAUCCUUGUCUGAUUGAGUUUUCAAAUCUCACAGAUUCUGAAAUAAACCAAAAUAUUCAAACAGCAGAAGACACUCUGAAAACUAUCCUCGCCCUUGGUUUUCACAUGGGAUUGUCGGACGAGCAGGCGGAGGAAAGACUCCAGUACAUUUCUCUUUCAUCCAAAUUUGAAUUACCAAGUGGUUAUAAACCCGCUCCUCUGGUCCUGAGUGGUGUUGUUCUCAGUCCACCUCUUGAGAAACUGGUGAAUUUGCUGGCGGAAAAUGAUCACAACGUAUGGGCCAAGGAACACAUCAGGCAGGGCUGGGCCUAUGGAGCUCAACAGGAUGUGAAAGCCAAACGAAGCCCGUACCUCGUGCCCUACAGCCAGCUGGAUGGGAGACGGAGGAGAGAGGGGAGGGAGAGGGCCAGAGAGGCAGUGUGUAUCCUGCGUGUUUAUGGAUACCACCUCGAGUCCUUUAAAAUGGAACAUGAUAAGUCUUAUGCUGUGACUGAGGGAAAGUGGUACUUUGAAUUUGAAACAGUGACUGCUGGAAAUAUGAGAGUGGGCUGGGCCAGGCCCGGCUGCGUUCCAGACAGAGAGCUUGGCUCAGAUGACCGAGCUUUUGUGUUCAGUGGAGAUGAGGCACAAUGGUAUCACCAGGGUGGGGUCCCACUCGGGACGUUACCGUGGCAAGAAGGUGAUGUGGUGAGCUGCAUGUUGGACACAGCUGAACGCACGAUCAAGGUCGCUCUUAAUGGAGACCUGCUGUUUAAUGAAAAGGGAACUGAGAUGGUUGCCAAAGACUUUCGACUCAAUGAUGGCUUGUUACCAAUUGUUGGUCUUGGAGUGAACCAGAUGGGGAAGCUGAACUUAGGGUCUAAGCCAGAGUCUCUGCAGUAUUUCUCAGUGUGUGGAUUACAGGAGGGUUAUCAGCCGUUUGCAGAUCACAUGGCUCACGCUCCUUCUUUUUGGUUGACUUGGUGGCAGCCUCAGUUCACUUCUAUAAAGCCUGAUGACCCCAAUGUACUUAUUACCAAAAACUUGAAGGAUUCGGUACCGAGCUUCAGGGUCUCUCAGCGGUUGUAUCAGAGUGCCAGAAAGGAGAUGUGUUUUUACCGUCUAAACAUGUCCGUGGAGUGUGCCUCGGUCCUCAGCAGUCCAGGUCGAACACUUCCCACUGCGGCCCCCAGCCCUUUGCCAUCAGCACGAAAGGAGCAGGAGGAGUUGGAUUCAGACUAUGAAAUGCUGAUGAAGUCAGCUCACAACUUCACUGGUUCAAAAGAUGAGCUCAAUCACCACAAGGAUCACAGCCACGACAAAACAUCAAAGCUGAAACAAAACCUGGGGAGGAAUACAGUCCCUCAAUGGCCUGACCGGCUACAGGUGCAGUAUCUGUGUCCUGUGUCCUGGACUCGAGUUCCAGACGAUGCUCUGAGAGUGUGGAUGGAUCAGACAGAAGACUGUCGGGGCUGGACUGUGCAGUGCACCGAGCCCAGACAAAUCAUGUCACUGCAGAUACCUGAUGAAAACAGAGUGCGAAUGGGCAAACAGGAGGAGAAACUCAUGACGGAUAAACUGGGGGAAAUCAUCAACAACAAAGUGUUCUACCAACAUCCACAUUUAAUGAGGGCUUUGGGAAUGCAUGAGACUGUGAUGGAGGUGAUGGUGAAUGUAUUAGGAGAAGACAAUACAAAGGAGAUCAUGUUUCCCAAAAUGGUGGCCAGCUGCUGCCGCUUCCUGUGCUAUUUUUGCCGCAUCAGUCGUCAGAAUCAGGGGGCGUUGUUUGACCAUCUGAGCUAUCUGCUCCGACACAGUCAGGUUGGACUAGCUUCUCCAUCGAUGCGAGGCUCGACUCCGUUGGAUGUGGCCGCGGCUUCUGUGAUGGACAACUAUGAGCUGGCAUUGUCAUUACAAGAACAUGAACUACAGAAGGUUGUGGAUUAUCUUGCAAACUGUGGUGUCCAGAGCUGUGCUAUGCUUGUUUCUUAUGGAUAUCCUGAUAUAGCAUGGAACCCAGUGGAGGGAGAACGAUACUUGGAUUUCCUCCGUUUCACUGUGUUUUGUAACGGUGAAAGUGUGGAGGAAAAUGCAUACGUUGUGUUGAAGCUUCUCAUCCACCAGCCUGAAUGUUUUGGGCCUGCUCUGCGUGGGGAAGGAGGACAGGGCCUGCUCUCCGCCAUGAGGGAGGCCAUCAGGGUGUCCCAGGACGUAUCCAUGGAUGGGCCUUUUGACGGCCAUCUGAGCAACAAAAAAUAUGAUAAUCCAGACACAGAGGACGACUUUAUUCACAUGGGUCACGCAAUCAUGACUUUCUACUCGUCCCUUAUCGACCUCUUGGGGCGAUACGGAGUGGUGGAGGAGCCUGACUUGUCUGCGGUAUUUUGUCCAGAUCACAAGGCCUCCAUGGUUCUCUUCAUGGACCGUGUUUAUGGUGUUGAGAGUCAAGUGUUUCUCCUUCAAUUAUUAGAGUAUGGAUUUCUGCCUGAUCUGAAAGCUGCUGUUUCACUUGACACUAAUGACUUUGGGUCCACGGACAUGGCCCUCGCACUGAACAGAUACAUCACCACGGCGAUGCUUCCUAUGCUCACCAAAUGUUCAGCUUUGCUUUGUGAUUUAGAGGAACACGCCCCACUGCUAAACUCCUUUAUUCUUGCCUUAUACAACUUUUCCAAAUCUGCGAGCUUGACCAAAGCACAAGGAGACACAACGGAGCAGUGUUUGCUGGCUAUUUGCAAUGAGCUCACACCAGUUUUAAUGCAGCCCCUUCUGCAGCAGCUCAUCAUUGACAUCUCUCAUCUCUCAGAACACAGUAAACUUGAGCUGAAGCUGCUGACUGGACACUAUGAUCAGCAGUGGAAGUAUUACUUGCAGGCAGGUGGUUUGGGGAAAGACAAGUUUUGUGAAGGAGACGGGCACAUGUCCAGGAAGUUGUUCUGGACCGUCUUUACAGUCUUGGAGAAAAUGUCUUUUGAGCCGCACCUGUAUAAGCUUGGUGCUCAGUGCCUUGCCACUGUUGCCAGGAGCUUGCCUCCACACUUUCUGAAUCCCAGCUCUGUGACAGACAUAAACACCAUAAUGGACACAGAUGAGACCUUUGACCCUCAGCCUCAAGAAACCUCAAAUGUGACUGUUCCGGAACGCCUGGAGCUCGUGCUCAACAAGUUCGCCGAACACACCCAUGAGAAGUGGUCGCUGGAGAUGUUCACCGCAGGCUGGGUGCACGGGGAGCAGCUGUGUGAAAAUGCCAAAGUCCAUCCUCUCCUGAAGCCGUACAGGACUCUCGCUGAAAAGCUUGCUGCCCUAAUAAGGCAUAGGAUCUCACUUUUUGGGACUGAUGCAUUUUCAUUUACCAGCUGCCUGCAAGUCUUAGCUCAAUCUCUGGAUGCAAGGACUCUAAUGCAUGAAUCCAAAGAUGUUAUCUAUGGAUCCUUGCAUUCCUUUUUGGACGCAGCUGCAGAAGACCUGGAGAUGACCAUGGAGAACCUACAUGUGGCCGUGGCCCCUCUCUCUCAGAGCCGGAGCCAGACAAACAGAGGAGUGGUGGGGAUCCUCAGCCACACUACCUCUGUGCUGCUUCCUACGCUCACCUCCCUCCUCAAGCACAUUGGCCACAGUCAGCUUGGCUCACAUAUUUUAGUGGGGACUAUCCAGGUGUCAUGUUACAGGAUUCUCAACUCUCUUUACUCUCUUGGUAACAGCAGCUUAAUUCAGAAAGACGGUACAAUGAGUGAGUCUGAGACACAAGAGCUCGGGCUGCCGGAGCAGGUGGCCGAGGUGUGUCCUGACCUCCCCUCUCUGCAGACAGCUCUGGCAGAAGUAGAAAAAGUGGUGAGGGCAGGAGCAGCGGCCCCCCAGGCUCACUACACACAUGUCACAGAGGUCCUGCUGCCCAUGUUGUGUAGCUACAUGUCCCACUGGAGCCAGCCAAACAUGUCACAGCUUUCCUCUGUGACUCCUGAGCUGGUCAGCGAUCUCCUCGGUCACAUCCUUUGCAUUAUCCAAAACCACGUGGGGGGAAAUCGGGGCGACUGGAUAAAACAACUGGCAGAUUCUCAUCGAGCCAGCUGGCUGACGGAAAUGAAUCCUGAUGCUGUGCAGCUGUUCAGCAUGGUGGCAGAGGUCUUUAUAUUCUGGGCCAAAUCUCACAAUUUCAAGUGGGAAGAACAAAACUAUGUGGUCCAAAAUGAAAUCAACAAUUUGUCAUUUUUGGUACAGAACAUGUCAAAGUUUGAUCACAAGAACAAGAGUGUGAAGCGAAAGGGGGAGCGCUACUGCACCCAGACUUCACUCAUUGUGGCCUCUGUGAAGAGACUGCUCCCUGUCGGCCUCAACGUCUGUUUUCAAAAUGACAACGACCUUAUUCAUCUGGCUAAGAAUGACUUCUCACAGAUCGAAAAUCCUCAACGAACCAAAAAAUCCACAUGGACCAAAGUCUUGUCCAAACAAAGAAAGCGAGCGGUAGUGGCCUGUCUGAGAAUGACGCCUCUGUACAAUCUGCCACGGCACAAAGUUGUGAACUUUUUCCUUCAAGGAUACAAUAAGGCCUGGGUUUUAACGGAACAAAACAGCAGUGAGGAGAAGCUUGUGGAAGACUUGGCUCAGAGUGCAGCAGAGUCUGGAGGCGACUGGGAGGAGAAUAAGUGUGAGGAGCGGAGCACAGCGGCGGACCCCCUGCAGCAGCUGAUUACACUCUUCAGUCAGAGUGCGCUGACGGACAGUAAUGACUCCAUCUGCAAGUCGUAUUUUUCUAUAAUGGCGGAGAGCUGUCACACCGCCCCAGACGACGAUGGAGAGCAAUCAAUACAGAGUUUUGAGGAAAAAGAGCUGGAAAAGCAGACGUUGCUUCAUCAGCAGGCACAGUUGCAUCGCCGUGGGGCGUCAGAGAUGGUCUUGCAAACAGUCAGUGCCAGUAAAGGUCAGGUCAGCUCAAUCAUCGGCCUCACGCUGAAGCUGGGAAUUGCUCUUCUGAAUGGAGGAAAUGCUGAUGUGCAACAGAGAAUGCUUCAAUAUUUGAAAGUGAAGCAAGAUGUGGAUUUUUUCCAAAGUAUGGCUCGGCUCAUGGGAAAAUGCAGUGUUCUGGAUCUGAACGUCUUUGAGAGGCAGAACAAGGCAGAAGGAUUGGGAAUGGCCAUGGACGAACGCUCAGUGGGGAUCGCCAUGCCUGACAACAAGCUGACAUGUGACCUCUUCCGCUUCCUCCAGCUGUUAUGUGAAGGACAUAACUCUGGUAUUUCAGAUUUCCAGUCGGAGUCAAUCAGUGACUUUUAUUGGCUCUACUCUGGAAAGGAUGUGAUUGAUGCUCAAGGCCAGUACUACUUCUCCAAUGCCAUAAAGGUGGCCAAGCAGGUUUUUAACACGCUCACUGAAUACAUACAGGGCCCAUGCUCUGGCAACCAGCAGAGCCUGGCACACAGUCGCCUGUGGGACGCUGUCGUCGGCUUUCUCCAUGUUUUUGCUCAUAUGCAAAUGAAACUAUCGCAGGAUUCAAGGCAAAUUCAACUUUUAACUGAGUUUAUGGAUUUACAAAAGGACAUGGUUGUGUUUUUGCUUUCCAUGCUGGAAGGUAAUGUGGUGAAUGGAACCACUGGGAAGCAAAUGGUAGAUAUGCUGGUGGAGUCUUCAACCAAUGUGGAAAUGAUCCUCAAGUUCUUUGCUAUGUUCCUCAAACUGAAAGACUUCACCACCUCAGUGGGCUUCAGAGAGUAUGAUCCCAGCAGCUCAGGCUGCAUCUCCAGGAAGGACUUUCAGAGGGCCAUGGAAUCCUGCAUCCGCUUCUCUGCUGGUGAAAUCCUCUCUCUGCUAGCGUGUAUUGAAACAGAUGAGAACGAAAUCCUGGAUUAUGAGGUUUUUGUGGACCGUUUUCAUGAACCAGCUCAAGACAUUGGGUUUAGCAUUUCUGUUCUCCUCACCAAUUUGUCGGAGCACAUGCCUUACGAUGCGAGACUUGGGACGUUUUUGGAGCUGGCAGAGUGCGUCCUGGGGUACUUUCAGCCCUAUCUAGGACGCAUUGAGAUCGUGGGCAGUGGGAAGCGUGUUGAGCGCGUGUACUUUGAGAUUAGCGAAUCCAGCCGCUUACAAUGGGACAAGCCACAGGUCAAGGAGUCCAAGAGGCAGUUCAUUUUUGAUGUGGUCAACGAAAUCAGAGACAAAGAGAAGAUGGAGAUGUUUGUGAAUUUCUGCGAAGACACCAUCUUUGAAAUGCAACUCGCGUCCAAUAUUUCUUCUGAGGCCGAGGAGAGAAAUCUGGACAAAAACGCAACGGAAAAUGAGUCAGAAAACAAGCAGGACAAUAAGUUUUUUGUUUUUCAGUGGCUUUUUCUGCUCCUGUCUUUGUUAUCAGUGAAAAAACUCAAGAUGCUAAUGAAGAUGUCCCCCAGAGAUAUCUUUAAGACCGUGGUGAAUAUUUUACACGUCAUUUUCAUAACUUUGUUGCAGUGUGCGUGUGCGUCACUCCGCAGUGUAACGCACGUGCUCUAUGUGGUGUUCUUCAGCGGCGGACUCAUAGAAGUGGCCAAAAACACCAGUCUGUCUGAUUUGCUCAAAGGUAUGGUGGAGCCAACUCUGGACGAGGUUAUGGAUGUUUCACAGACUGUACACAAACAAACGCUGUCGCACGCCUCCUCUCGACAGAAAGAGCAAGUGGAAACCGGUCACGGGACUGGACUCAAACCGCAGCAUGCCGUGUCGGACAUAUUUGGAUUACAAGUGAAGAAGGAAGGCUCUCAAUACAGACUCAUGACACCAGAGCGCACUGAUCUAUGCACUUCAUCCACAGGCGCAUCAGGCUCCAGUGCUUUUCCAAAGACGUGUCAGCGCUGUUCUACCAAGACAGAGGAGGGAGUGCGGCAGGCUUCUUCUCUCUGGGAAACAAUAAACACUUACAACAAGAGUGUGCUGAACUACUUUGCCCGGAAUUAUUACAAUAUACGGCUACUUGCUUUGUUCAUUACCUUCGCAAUAAACUUCAUCCUCCUCUUCUAUAAGGUAACGCCACAAGACCAAGAGCGAAACUCCUCUGCUCAAAGUGACAGAGAGGGUUUUGUUUUGGAGGAGAGCAGUGGAUACAUGGAGCCGUGUCUCGGUUUCCUGGCGGUGGCUCAUACGUUCAUCUCCUUCUGUUGCAUUAUUGGAUAUUAUUGUCUUAAGGUGCCUUUGGUGAUCUUCAAGCGAGAGAAGGAAGUGGCCCGGAGCCUGGAGUUCGAUGGGCUGUAUGUGACAGUGCAGCCACCUGACGAGGACAUCAAAGGACAGUGGGACCGGCUGGUCAUUAAUACUCCAUCAUAUCCAAGCAACUACUGGGAUAAGUUUGUGAAGAGGAAGGUAGUGGAAAAAUAUGGAGUGUUAUAUGGGUGUGAAAAGAUCAGUGAACUUCUAGGUAUGGACAAGACUUCUUCAGACUUCAGCUCCCACGGGAAAAAAAAGAAACUCAAAAGAGCAGCUUUGGGAUUUUUAUUUACCUCCUUCGACAUAAAGUAUCAAAUCUGGAAGCUUGGGGUCAUUCUAACAGACAAAUCCUUUUUGUACCUGGCCUGGUACAUGGUCUUGUCUGUUCUGGGUCACUACAACAACUUCUUCUUCGCGGCUCACCUUUUGGACGUCGCUAUGGGCUUUAAGACCCUGCGCACCAUCCUGUCCUCUGUCACUCACAAUGGAAAGCAGUUGGUUCUGACCGUGGGUCUGCUGGCCGUGGUGGUCUAUCUCUACACCGUGGUGGCCUUCAAUUUCUUUAGAAAGUUUUAUAACAAGAGUGAGGACGAGGAGCAGCAGGACAUGAAGUGCAACGACAUGCUACAUUGCUACAUGUUCCACAUGUAUGUGGGAGUGCGGGCAGGAGGAGGCAUCGGGGACGAGAUCGAGGACCCGGCUGGAGAUGAAUUUGAGGUGGAACGCAUCAUCUUCGACAUCACUUUCUUCUUCUUUGUCAUUGUGAUUCUCCUCGCCAUUAUCCAGGGUUUAAUCAUUGAUGCCUUUGGUGAACUUCGUGACCAACAGGAGCAAGUGAAAGAGGAUAUGGAGACAAAGUGCUUCAUAUGUGGAAUUGGAAAUGAGUAUUUUGAUACAGUCCCACAUGGUUUUGAGACCCACACUCUACAGGAUCAUAAUUUGGCCAACUAUCUAUUUUUCCUGAUGUACCUCAUAAACAAAGACGAAACGGAGUACACUGGACAGGAAUCCUAUGUCUGGAAGAUGUACCAGGAGCGGAGCUGGGAAUUCUUCCCUGUGGGAGACUGUUUCCGUAAGCAAUAUGAGGAUCAGCUGACAUGA